AUGGAAUGUGAAAGAAAAGAGAGCUUAGCGGCUUCUCCAAAAGAGAAUAUCGUAAAGAAAUGGCUGCUUGAAAUGGUGUCUCCAUUGCUGAAGACGAUCACUUAUAGAGGGCUGCUCCCAGCAGCUCUCAUAGCAGCUGCUUUCAUCCGUCCAUCAUUCAUCUCAGUAAUUUAUCUGGUACUUGCCCUCAUCGGACCAGUUCUACCAUCAACAUCAAGAGGAGCUCCGUUGAAUGUAACAGUGAAAUUCUAUGUGUACAUCGUCUUCCUUGUCACAAUUCUCACAACGAUAGCACAAUGCGCAUUCCAAAUAUAUGAGAGCACUAGAACAAUCAAGACAACAAGUGAUUGUAGCGAUGAUCUCUAUCGAUGGUUGAGACAAGCUGGCUUCUUGAGAUAUGUAGCCGAUACUGGUUUUGACUCGUGGAGAAGUUUCCUGCCUGAAGUAUUUUCAUUGAUUUGCUCUUUUUGCACACUGAUUAUCGUGCAAUGUCUCAAUCAUCAAGUGUUCAUUGAACAUCCAGCGGGAGUUCACACCGUUAGAACAAACAGCAAUAACACUCAAAAUGCCACUCAAAGAAGUAACGUUGAAGUUCUUUCUCGAGCUCUUCUCAUAGCAUUGAAACGACUCUCGAAUGCGGCUCUUUUCAUCUUCGUGGCACUAGCGGGAUGUAUUCAGCCAUCAAUUCUCAACAGCUUCUACUUUUUGAUCUUUCUCUUCAUGGCUACUUGGUGGUCCACAUACAAACCCCUUCGACACUCCAUUUACAAUAAGAUGAAAAUAACUCUUUUGUUCUAUUCGGGUCUACAUCUUAUCCUCAUCUAUUUGUAUCAAAUUCCGGAAAUCUCAAAACUUUUACCUCCUGAUCAGACAGCUGCUAGAAUGAUUGGCUUUUCUCAAGUUCUCAAAACUGAUUGUUCUAUGUUUUACCACAUCGAGAUCAACAAUGCUUUGGCGUGGAAUGUGGCAAUCAAUCCAUUGAUUAUAACCGGUUUCUAUUUUCUCAUCGUACUGCAAUUGAAUUGGACUUCAUCGGGCACUCGAAAUUACCUCGAUGAUGAAGAUGCUUCUUCAUCAGUUCACGAAGAGAUACAGGGUGUUGAUGAGAACACAAAUUCCGAGGUUGAGCACCCACUCGUCGGUGAUCGGGAAACUCAAUCAACGAUCGUCCCAUCUGGAUCAUCGAAUUCUUCAACUAACAUUCAAUCACAAUCCUCACCACCCACAAGACAACAACGGCUACUGGACACCGAAGAACGAAGUCCGGCCAAUCGUGAAAGCGUUCCGAUGAGAAAAAUCACGAGUCAAGUCAUCGAUAAGCAGAAGAUCUCACAGAUUUUCAAUGCUCCUGGUAAUGAACAAAGUGGGACAACGGCCCAGACGAUAGUGGCAUUGAUCGCUUUCUGUGUUGAGCAUUCAUACGUUUUUGGAUUAAUGACGAUGAUGAUCUGGGCCCUCUUGUAUCAUUCAGCUUUCGGAUUGGGUCUCCUUGCAUGGGCUUGUAUCAUUUGGAUGUUCAGAGAUACUCGAUCUGUUUCAUUCAAAUGCUCUCCUUUCAUCGUUUCAUAUGUUGAGUUUCUCCUCGUUAUCCAAUACGUUUGGAGUAUGGACCUCGAAUUUUUACCGGCAAAAGCACAAACGGAAACAAAAGCCAAUGUUCUUGAAAUUAUUGGUUUCAUCAAUUAUUCUGGAUCGGAUUCUUUCCUUGUUACCUUUGUAAAAGUGUUGCUCAGUUUGCCGAUAUUUUUACUUCAUCGUUUGAAGAGACGAGACAGCCAUUAUAGCCGUUUAACUGAACACGAGAGACAACGGAAGCUCAAUUAUGGAACUUUUGGAACAAAUCGGACACAAGGAGUGAACAAUGCGGUGAAAACUCCAUCUCGUUCACAAGCUGUCGUUGAUUGGCUUUCAUCAAUUUUUACAACAUAUUGGAUACUCAUUGUUGCUCUUGUGCUCCUUCUACAGGCACUUGGUGAACGAGCCUCUUUCAUCAAUAUCGGAUUUUUCAUCUUUUGGUCGCUCGGUGUUCUACAGUUUAAGCUUUCCUUCCGUUUUUUCCGUGGAACAGUCUAUGCUUCGUGGACUUUCUUGAUCAUUUACACAUCGGCUGUGAUCAUCGCAAUUUAUACAUACCAAUUCAGAUCGUUCCCCGAAUUCCUAGAAAAAGCGGGAUUAUCGAAAGACUGGGCACACAAUAUUGGACUCUACCAUUACGCCGAUGAUAAAUCGAACACAAAAUCCCUCUUCACCCGUUUAUUGCUACCGAUAUCAUUAUUUGUGGUAACAAUGCUUCAGCUGAAAUUCUUCCACGAGCCAUGGUCACAAGCUGUUCAACCAAUUCGAGCCACCAGCGAUUCUGAACCAGGAACAAGUAAUCAAGCCGUCUCCCUCUCGGCCCGUUUGAAAGCAUGGGCUCAUUAUGGAAGCGAAUUGUUGUGGAGAAUCAUGGAAGUGCAUAUUGCGAAGAUUGUCUUUAUCACAGUGAUGGCCAUUGCAUGCAAAAAUAUCACAGCCAUGUAUAUCCCAGUUGUGGUCCUCAUUUCCCUGGGCCUAUGUCUUCCACGCGGUGCAACGGGUCUCCUUGGUCUCAUCCUCACUGCAUAUCUUGCUGUUCUUGCCCUAGCCAAGAUGGUUUUCCAGAUGAGCUUCAUUAAAGCCGAUAUAUUUGGAGACGGGAAUGGUACAUGUGAAGGAGAUGAAGGGGAAAACGCCACUUCCUACAAUAUGUCGACGACAGAAUGGGCCGGCUUCAAGAAAAAUCAGAAUAUGUUCAACGAAUUGGGGGGUCUUCUUGUCUCAAUCUGUGCCUUGACUCUUCAAUCAAUUGUUAUCUAUCGACAGAGGAAUUUCCGAAUCCGAACCUCACAACCACCAAAUCUGAGGCAUCGAAUCUUCCCGGAACUUGAUCCCGUCACUUAUGAUCACAGUCUAGUCAAUUGCUUCAAGUUCUUCGUUGAUUUCGGGUUCUACAAAUUUGGGUUAGAGUGUUGCUUGGUGAUGAUCGCAAUCAAUGCCUGGAUACGAAUGGACAUGUUGGGAGCUGUGGUGAUAGGAUGGCUUGCUGUCUUUGCUCUGUCAAAGAGAACAAUGGCUAGAUGGCUUUGGCCGAUCUUCUUGAUCUACUUGGUCUUGCUAUUGCCUAUCCAGUUCUCAAUUUAUGUCGGACUUCCACCCAGCUUGUGCAUUGACUAUCCCUGGAAAAAUCUCUUUAUAACAAACCCAACAAAAAGAAGAAAUCUCCUCAUUUGGUUGGGUCUUGCCGAUUAUGAUAUUCAAUGGACAUCCGCCAAUCUUCUCGCUGAUUUCUUUUUGCUCAUGUUUGUCUCAUGCCAGGCAGCCGUUUUCCGUGUCGAGGGUCCAACACAUCCGGCUGGUGAUAACGAUUCUAUCUACAAGGAUGGUGUCUAUCAGUUCAAAAAUAAUCCUCGCUAUGAUUUUGUCACAACUCAAAGAUCAUUUGUGGAUUAUUUCAAGAAGUUCGUCUUCUUGUACGCUCAGUGGAUGACAUUAGUGACGGUGAUGGUGGCUGGACUCGGAGGAACAUCGUUGUUUGCCCUUGGCUACCUUUGCUUAGCUUUCUGGAUUCUGUGGUCAGGAAACGCGCUCUACGUGAUGAAAAACCACAACAGAACCAUCAAGAAAUUCAUGAUCGUUCUUGGAUACACCGUUUUCUCGAUGUUUUGCAAAGUGUCGCUACAGGUUGUCGGUUGUGUGUUCCUCGGAAGUUUACACGGAAUCCCUGGGAAAUGGGGCUGUAUCCUUAGACAGAUCUUUUCGAUUGCUUGUGUCAACAAUUUAGCCAUGGAAGAUAUUGCUAAUCUAUUUCCUGAAUCAACCGAAUUUGACAAAGAUUGCCCUGUAUCUGCGGCGGAGACGAGAAUUGGAUUUGACACGCUCGCUUUGGCUUUCUUGGUACUUCAACUACGUAUCUUCCAUUCGUGGUACUUCCAACAUGCAAUGACUGAUUUCAGAGCGGAAAUCGUUUUGGCAAACAGAGGAGCCGUCCUAGCCAAUCAACUCAUCGAAAAAGAAAUGAAAGAGCAGACACAACAACAAAAUGAGAAAUUCAAUGAUAUCAAGCGACGAACCGAUGAUAUUAGAGCACAAUAUCAAAAACAGCAAGCUCUCGAACGUACUUUUGAACCGAAGACGUAUGGUCAAGCUAAAAGAGCCGGCGAUUACUACAUGUUCGAGAAAGAUCCUGAAAAUCUUGUUCCUCCAAUUGAAUCAUUUGUUCCCGAGGUUGAUCCGGAAGGAUCUGAAUUCAGAAGACUCGAUCCGACCCAGUUGGUGUACACGGCUGUGAACAAAGACAUGAAUCUGUCGGCUUCAAUGAGACAAGUGGAAAAAGCGGAAUUGAUAAAAGAUGAUGAGGAGAGAAGAAUGAUUGCUGCUGUCACACCUGACACACCACCUACUGAAAGAGUUGUCGAUGAACCGAUUGCCGAAGAAUCUGAUUCCUUCUUCAUAGCCACGUUGAAGUUUGUGUUCAAAUUUGCCUACAAUGUAUUCGAUUGGACAGCUGUGUUCUUGAACAGGCGUUCCCGCGAACAUCGCUAUGUCGCUUAUGUGCUGGGUCGAGAGAAACAAAGACUGAAAAAUGAGUAUGGAGAGAUUCUCUGUGAUUCCACAAAACCGAUGGCUGACCUUCAAGCCCUUGUCCCACUUCAACAACUUCAAGUGGUUCGAACUGAAACCGACAUUGAGAAACUUGAGUCAGAAGCGCUUGGUGAUUGGCAAAAGCGAAGUGUGUUUGCUCGUUUGUUCAACGCAUUGGGUGACUGUGUAAAUGCACAUACUGAUGUCAUCUGUUAUGUUCUGGCAAUCAUGGCUCAUGCUUAUUGUGCAGGCCUUAUCACCCUUCCACUUCCAUUACUGGUUUUUUUCUGGGGUUCCCUCUCCAAUCCCCGACCGAGCAAAAUGUUCUGGAUCGUUCUCAUCGCUAUCACCGAAUCAAUUAUCAUCAUCAAAUUCAUUUUCCAAUUUGGCUUCUUCGAGUUCAACACAGAACAAUCCCAAUCUUUGAACAACAAGAAUCAAUAUCAAUGGAAUAAGCUUUUCGGAGUCCAAAGACAAAGCUACUAUGCAUUUUUGGAUGUCACUUUGUUGAUCUUCUUAUUCUAUCAUCGAUACAAUCUUCGUCGGCUCGGUCUAUGGAAAGAUGCAAAUAUCAAUGAUACGUUCUCUGGGAAUAAUACAGCUUCGAUCGAUCCAUUAGAGCUACAAAUGACCAUGGAAAACACAGAAUCACCUGAACAACCACAAGAAGAAGCUGCUGAAGAAGACGCUGAGAAGAAAAAGGAAAUGAAUCCAUUUGCCCGUUUCUUCAAUCAAUUAUUCCGUCCGAAGUUCCGUUAUAUCCGAGAUCUCUAUCCAUUUUUUUUCGCUUUUGACAUUAUUUGCAUCUUCAUCAUCACCUUUGGAUAUUCAUCAUUCGGAGAGGGUGGAUCGGGGAAUGUCGUCUCGGAUAUUCAAUCGAAUCGGAUUCCAUUGGCAUUUGUUAUCAUGUUGAUCGUGUUGACGUGUAUGAUUGUGAUCGAUCGAGGGUUGUAUCUCAGAAAGGCGGUCUAUUGCAAACUUGCCUAUCAACUGAUCUCCAUCAUCUUCCUUCACAUCUGGAUUUUCCUAGUCCUUCCAUCGAUCACAAAGAGAGAAGCCUCCUCGAAUAGAAUGGCUCUUCUGUUGUACUUUGUGAAGUGCAUGUAUUUCCUUGUCUCAGCUUGGCAAAUCAGGAAUGGAUAUCCAGCUCUUUGCGUCGGAAAUCUUCUCACUCAUGCCUAUGGACUCACCAAUAUGGUCUUCUUCAAAAUCUUCAUGGCCGUGCCCUUUUUAUUUGAACUUCGAACAGCCAUUGAUUGGACUUGGACUGACACCUCAAUGCCUCUCUUUGAUUUCUUUAAUAUGGAAAACUUCUAUGCCACAAUUUACAACUUGAAAUGUGGACGGCAAUUCGAACAAAGUUACCCAGCUCCAAGAGGAGUCGAGAAAGGAUCGCUGAUCAAAUAUCUGAUGGGAAUUCCAAUGAUUCUUUUCAUCAUCUUGAUUAUUUGGAGUCCUCUCAUUGCCUUUUCUUUACUUAACAGAAUUGGUGUUGUUUUAACGCCGAACAUUGCAAGGAUGUCGAUUUCUGUUGAUGGAUAUCCGCCGCUCUACUCAAUCGAAGCGCAAGGCACUGAGCUGAAACAUCUUACAGCAGCAGAGCUGAGCGGAUUGAGAUCCGGCUUCAGUGUGGCUUUUGUACCCGGACCAAUGCAAGAUGAUUCGAUCAGAAAAAGUCGGAGUGCUGUCUCAUUCCUUGAUGAAUAUACUCAAGAUGACUCACUGAAAGUGCUCUUCCGUCCGGAGUCCGAGCAAUCAUGGGACAUUUCAGAUGACUCGAAAACGGCCAUGAUAGCUGCUCUUAAUGACACAACGACAACAAUGCAAAUGCAGAUUCACAUCUCAUUCACUCGCCCUCGACAGGACAGCAGCAAGGAGCCGGUUACACAUACUAGUGAAUUCUCGAUUGCGAUGGAUAACACGACGAAAAUUCGAGAGCAGAUGUUGAAAGCGCUGAGAGAUGAUACGAAUUCAACUGUGAUUGUCAGUAACGCGAUUCCCGUCUAUCUAAUCGUUCCAAAUGAAGGAGAGGUAAUUCAAGCAUCCGCCCUGAAUUGGGUGAUGAAUCAAUUCGUCAAACCGGAAUUGAAGCAAAACAGUCUCGCCACAUUGAAGCUCACUUUGAAUGCACAAAAUUUGUGGACGGUUGAAAUGCAACGACCAGAGCUGAAUGCGACGAAUCUUCUUCUACCAGCGGAAAAAGUGAAAUAUGGAACGGGUGGAAAGGAAUAUUUGCAACUUGUAUCAUUUGUUGAUCGAACAUUCCCGUCAUUCUUCGCGAAAUAUGUGCAAGGAGGUGUCAUCGCCAUGUACAUCGCCUUGGUGAUCGUUGUGGGCAAAGUGUUGAGAGGUCUCUUCACAAAUCAACCACUUGAUGUCAUCAUCGCUGAGAUUCCUAAUCCAGAUCAUCUACUCAAGAUUUGUUUAGAUAUCUAUUUGGUUCGAGAAGCGAAAGAUUUUGUGUUGGAACAGGAUCUCUUCGCGAAAUUGAUCUUCUUGUUCCGUAGUCCCGAGACGCUCAUAAAAUGGACCAGAUAUAAGUUCAAAGAUGAC